GGCUAAAAUUAUUUCCUAAUUUUCUACAAAGAAUAAAGCCUUUUCUUCCACAAAACAAAAGCAUAAUCACUUUUGAAACAAAGGAACAAAAAUCAGAAACAAAGUCAUUGAAUGAAUAGUGCUGUUUUGGCAUUUUAUUCACAAAAGUCUAAAGCUUGAUUCCCCUUUGUUUUCUUCCUUAUAUGCACGAAAUUUCUACCCAAAUAAACCCAAAGAAGAUCAGCUCAAAAUCAGGAGAAGCAUCAUGGAAGAUCAACUCACAUGGAUGGGCAUUAAGCAUUGAUUUGCCGCGCCCAUCAAUCAAAGGGCAAGCACUAGCUGAUUUCCAAGUCGAGCGUAUUGCCAGGGAGAUGACAAGAACACAGGCCGAUACCCGGGUAGAGGACGACUGGUGGGUAAUGAGCAUCGAUGGAUCUUCGGGGUCUCGAUCUUGUGGAGCAGGUAUUGUUUUGAUUACUCCAGAAAAUUUCCGGAUCUAUUAUGCUAUAAGAUUUCAGUUCCGCGUAUCCAACAAUGAGGCUGAAUACGAGGCCCUGAUCAACGGGCUGAAGAUUCUUGGCAAGUUGGGAGUGUCCAGGGUUCAAGUAUACAGCGACUCCCGACUGGUGGUGGGACAAAUCACUGGGGAGUUUGAAGCAAAGGAAGAGAGGAUGAAGAGGUAUCGAGACUUGUCCUUGGAUAUGUUGGGAAGGUUUGAGUUUAGGCUUGAACAUAUACCCCGGGCCCAGAACGCGGAAGCUGAUGUUCUAUCCAAGCUCAGCGCAGAAUCACCAGAGUACAUAAGAAAAUUAGCAACUGUGGAGGAGCUGGCAACCCCGAGUCUUAACAAAGAUGAAAUGUUCUGGGUGUCAGCCGAUCCUCCUGAAUGGUUGGACAGGUUGGCUAAAUACAUUGAGGACGGCGUAGCCCCGGAGGAUCCCCAAGAAGCGCAUUUGCUGCGAAUGAGCGCACCCACCUACAAGGUGCACGAUGGAGUCCUCUAUAAGCGAUCUUAUAACGGUGUUUUACUCCGCUGCCUCAUGGCAGCGGAGGCAAAGGCAUUGAUGGAAGAGAUACACGAAGGCGUAUGUGCUGCACAUCAGGGUCCAUACUCUAUUUCCAGAAGGGCGAUUAUCCAGGGAUUUUUUUGGCCAACGAUGAGAAAGGAUUGCGAAGAGUAUCUGCGCAAGUGCCCAACCUGCCAACAAUUCAAGAAUAUGCCCGGGAGGCCAGCCACGAACUACACGCCCAUCAGCUCUGUGAUUCCCUUCUCAAGAUGGGGGAUUGAUAUUGUGGGUGCCCUGCCAAAAGAGGUUGGGCAGGCAAGAUGGAUCGUGGUGGCCAUAGACUAUUUUACCAAGUGGGUGGAAGCUGAGCCACUUGCCGGGAUAACUGGGAGGCAGAUGAUUGACUUCUUCGGAACUAAUAUACUUUGUAGGUUUGGAGUCCCGAAACAGAUCAUAUCUGACAAUGGAACCCAGUUUGAGGAAGCAGAGUUUCAAGACUUCCUCAAAACUUGGGGAAUUCAGCAUACGAAAGUGUCUGUAGCAUACCCUCAGGCUAAUGGACAGGUGGAGAACGUCAACAGGACAAUCAUAAGUGGGAUAAAAAAGAAGUUGCUUUCAGAAGGAAGUAAAUGGGUGGAUGAACUACCUAGAAUCCUGUGGACAUAUAGGACAACUCCAAGGAGGGCUACGGGCGAUACUCCAUUUGGUUUAGCCUAUGGUUUCGAAGUCUGGGCUCCUGCUGAGGCGGUAAUCCCUACCAGGAGAGAGAUAGAAUAUGACCCGGAAGUGAAUGAACAGAAUCAGGCCGUAGAACUGAACUUCGUAGAGGAACGAAUGGAUGAAGCACAGAUCCGGGCAGAGAAUUAUCGUCGUCAGUUCGUCUCUCUCAAGUCUGCUCUUCGUCGCCUCUUUUCCUCUACAGGCCGAAAUUCCAAGACAUCUUUCGCCAGGACAGCUGGAAUCAAGACUACUGCAAUCCCGCCUCUCAAGCUUCAGCCUAGAUUACUUCGCAGUCCUGAAAUCGCUUUAAGUUCUCGAAUUUCAGAUGAAAUGUUUGAAGCCUCUUCGAAUCCGGAAAUGACCAAGCUUACAAGUAUGGGGCAUAUUACUAGAGGAAAAGAAACGGGUGUGUCUGGACUAGAAAGCAUUAACAAGCAUCGCAUUCAUGGAUAUAAUUUGAAUGGAGGUGCAUCUGAAAGGCAAGCUUCAAUAACAAGAUCAACCACGUCACAGAAUGAUUUUGUUAGAGUCCAUGAAAGAGAAGAAACAGGUAUGUUUGAAGUAGAAAGCCUUAACCAACAUCAUACUCAUGGAAGUAAUUUCGAUGGAGGUGAAUUUGAUAGACGUGCCCCACCAACAAGAUCAACCACUUCACAGAGAGAUUUUCUCAGGGUCCAUGAAAGAGAUGAAAGAUGUGUGUCUGAAGUAGCAGGCCUUCAUGACUGUCGGACUCGUGGAGACAUGGAUGGAGUUUCGUUUGAAAGACAAGCUCCAAGAACAAUAUCAAUGACUUCACAAAGAGAAAUUCUCCCACUCCAUGAAAGAGGUAGAAGUACCAAUAUCUCAAUGAAUACAAGUGUUGGGGAUGAAAAUCAUAUGAACUCAUCCGUACAACAAGCUACUCCAGUACUUCGUGGGAAAACAAAGUGUCAAAACUAGAAGAGAAAAAGGGAUAUCAUUCCAAACAAAGUGGAGAUUGAAAUCCCACCUGAGCUUAAUCGUGUUGUUGGGAUGAACAGCACUCAAUUUAUUAGUGAAGCGAGUUAUUUGAUGAAACAAUGCAUGCCUUUGGAUGUAGAGAAUUGGGGUCAUACACAUCCCGAUAAAAAAUGGAAGUAUUUCAUGAAAUUAAAGGUUGUUAUUUAAAUAUGUUAUUGUGUAGAUAAUGAUCAUAGAGAUAAAGAUUAACACUUUUAAUAUAUGUAGGAAUUAUUUAAAUUGCCUGAAGGGCGUCAUGUAGAAAAAACAAUCAAAAGGCGAGCAAACACCUGGUAUAGAAAGUGGCGUUACAAUUUGAGAAAAAAAGCCUAUUCUGAUCAUCCAACAGUCGCUGGUCGUCUUGCUAAUUGUCCUAGUGAUGUAGAUCCUGAAGAAUGGAAAUGGUUGGUGACUUACUGGGAUAGGGAAAAGUUUAGGCGACGCAGUGAGACCAACAAAAACAAUCAGAAGUCUCAAACAAUGUUUUCUAAAGUUGGCACAAAAUCAAUUGCAAGUUCCUUCUACGAUAUGAUCAAGGGUCAAUAUGAGAGAUGUCAUUCAGUUUCUACGACUUUGGGUGGAAUUACAUUCGAGAUAGAUGUGACAAGAUGAAAUGAAAAGAUGAAGCUUAUUAUUUGAUGUUAAGCGUUUAAGAUACUUUAACAAUUUUGCCAUGUUUAGUACUAUAUUUAUUUUAUGUCGAAACCCUAUUAUAUUAACAAUUGUGAACCUUUGAUUGUU